AUGUCAGAAGAGUCGAAAAGUUGCCCGUCGGGUGGCGGUGGCGCGGGGCCACUGGUCUUGAAUAUCGAUAUGGGCGAAAUCAGCUGCUCCGAGUGUUCAAUGAGUCUUCUCGGGAACGUCUGCUUCAAGGAGGGCGAUGGCAAAUACUGCGUCACUUGCUACGAAAAAAAGUUCUGCCAAGGGUUCAAAAGCAUUAUUCAACGAUCACCAAAAUCAGAAAAUAAGAGGCUGCGUAAAUUGACUUCAGAGUCCGGAGACGCCCGUUUCCGCCGACCAUGUACGACACGUGUAAUGCCACUCUCGUGA